CCAUCAAUCCAAGUUGCAGAAUACACUUUUGCAAAUCCACCUUCACCUAUUUGUUUCAUAUCUUCAAAUCUAUCAAAUGGAACCCAUUCAAGAAAUGAUGGAUAAUAUUUAAUAAUUAUCAAUAUCAUCAUUUCCACUGCUGGUCCAUCCUUCAAUUAUGCAACGAGGAACACAUUCUUUACACCAAAAUUCUUGUUUCUUUGGAUUAUAACAAUUUUCAUGAUUAAUUUUUACGGAAUUAGAAUCUUUAUCAGAAAUAUUUAA